UUAAACGUACAGGAUGAAUAAAUUAGUAUUUCUAUUAAUUUGUGCAUUCACUCCUCAUGCAUUUACCCAAUGCACUGUCGAGAAGGCACAGCCGUUUUUUAAGAGAUCAGUGUAUGAAUUUUCUGUGGAACUGUUGACCAGGCUCGCACAGGAAAAGGAGAAUCACUUCGUGGCGUCUACACUAUCGGCAUGGUCACUACUAUCGUCUAUCUCUCUUGGCGCUGCGGACAUCACCCUCGCCGAAAUGAGGCAAGUUCUCAAAUUACACAAACGUAAGUGUUUCAACUACAAAUACUUGCAGCUCGCAAACUCGAUCGCCGUCAACAAUGAGACGGAUGUUGUGGUUGAGAAAAGCUCUGCGAUAUAUGUUGACGAUAAGAUGCCAAUCCUCGAAGCCUUCAGAAGGAAAAUGAAUACAGCAGCUGGCACUACAUUUAAGAGCCUGGCAUUUGAUAAUGCAGAUGCAGCAGCCCAGACGAUAAAUGACUACGUGAGCGAAGCGACGCACGAAGUUAUAGACGAGAUCGUGGCCCCAGCAGAUCUACAGGACGUACUUUUAGUUAUGAUCGAUGCCAUAUUUUUCAAAGGCGCGUGGAAAUUUCCAUUCCCGAACGAAAAUACGCAAGUUGAAGGAUUUUACAACGAGAAAGGAACAUUUAUCGGGAAAACUAAUUCGAUGUAUAUAACGAAAACUUUCAAUUUUAGAGAUGUAAAUAUAGUUAGUGCAAGUGUAAUAGAACUUCCGUACGGGAGCGGAGAGAGGUACUCGAUGUUGGUAUUUCUGCCACACAAAGAUGUUUCCGUAUUCACUGUAAUCGAUAAACUUAAAAAUAUAAGUUUGAAGUCUAUACAAUGUUUAUUUGAUGAAUUCGGCCCGCUUGAAAUGGCUCUAAACCUUCCUCGAUUUAAAAUAACUUCAGAUCUGAAUAACUUAAAGGAGCUUUUAGAAGAUAUGGGCUUAAAGACGAUGUUUGACAGCAAUAGCGCACAGUUUCCAAACUUAUCCAGCUACCCUACAUACGUGUCCAAUUUAAUCCAAAAAGCUGAUAUAGAAGUGACAGAAGAAGGCACGGUCGCUGCUGCAGUCACAGAAGCGCAGUUCUCUUUCAGGAGUAGCCCCACUAAUUUCAAUGUAAACAAACCAUUUUUAUUCAUGAUUAUAGAUAAAGAGGUAGAUGUACCCAUAUUUGUUGGUGCGUAUUCGAAACCAAGGUUGAUAGCGUCGGAAAUGGCUGAGACAUACACAAUAUCCACAGAAGAAAGACAGUUUUAUGAGGACAAUGGAUACCUGGUUAUUAAAGGGCUUAUUGACUUCACAUGUUUGUAUGGAUGCAAACAAAGGUUUAUUAAUAUUUGCAAGGGGGUAGUGGAUAGAGGUGGUAUGGUGUUGGUAAAGGAGCCGAGCCUCGCAGCUAAAGGGGCCAAGGGGGAACAGCUGAUAAAUAAGGUGUCAGAGAUCCACUUCGACGAGGUGUUCUCGUCGUACACGGAGCACCCGCGCCUGCUGCACGUGCUGCGCCAGCUCGUGGGCGCGCCGCUGCGCGUGGUCAACAGCAUGCUCAUCAACAAGCCGCCCGCCAGCGCGCGCCACCCGCCGCACCAGGAUCUCUACUACUUUCCGUUCCGUCCGGCUGAGAAAAUCAUCGCGGCGUGGACGGCCAUCGAUGACGUCACCAUAGACAACGGCUGCCUCUACGUUGUACCCGGAUCGCAUAAGCGAAACAUUCUGUAUGAACACGGGAACCUGCCUGACUCCAACAAGAUGUACCACGGCAUCCUGGACGCCGCGGUGUCCCAGGAGCGCCGCGCCCAGCUGGAGAUGAACCCGGGGGACACGGUGUUCUUCCACCCGCUGAUAGUGCACGGCUCCGGACCUAACACUACCACGGGCUACCGCAAGUCGCUGACGGCGCACUACGCGCACGAGGACUGCCAUUACAUCGACGUGUCGCGCACGGUGCAGGAGCCCAUCGCCCGGGAGGUCGAGGCGGAGGCCGAGCGGAGGGGCUUCCGACUCAGCUUCGCGGAUGUAUGGCAGUAUAAAAGCAAAUCGAUCGCCAGCAGCGGUUUACAAUCCAAACUAUAAAAUGCACAGACAGAGAACCAUACUUUUAUAGAUUCGGUGAAGAUUUUAAUUUUAUAUUUUUAUAUUUUUAUACAACUUUUUUAACUAUUCAUAAGAAACGUCAAAUGUAAUACUAAAUAUAUUUUUGACAAUGGUGAUAAUUUUGGUGAUACAAUUGUUUAAUUGUAAUUAUGAUGGGGUGUUAUGUUACUGUUAUAUUAUACCUAUUAAUAGGGAGGUCAUUCUGGUGUAUUCUUUUUUAUUAAAUUUUUUUG